AUGCCACGACUCAUUCCUACAUUAUCGCGAUCCAUUCCAGUCCACCCUGCUACCGAUGGCUACAAGACUCAAAAACUUGCCGUAGAAAAACAUGUCUUUCCAGCUCCCAAACCAGCAACCCAAAAAUAUGCUUUCAUGUGGUCCCACUCGAACGGCUUUAACAAAGAGACGCUUCAUCCCGCCAUGAGAAACUUUGCGAAUCACUUGAGAAGUCAGGCCAAGUUUGACCACACUGAUAUUGACUUUGUUGCUUGGGAGGCUCGUAACCAUGGUGAUUCUGCCAGAAUGAACCAAGGCACUUUUAUUGAACGGUAUUCGUGGUUCGAUAACGUCAUGGAUACCAAGCAAGUCAUUGAUAAGAUGGAGUUGAAGAAGGGUUAUGACAAGUUCUUUGGUGUAGGCCAUAGCUUCGGUGCUACGUCCAUGCUUGUGUGUGAGUUCUUUUUCCCCAAGACGUUUGAUGGUUUGUGUCUGAUUGAGCCAGUCAUUGGUGAUAACAUUGACGACGUGGAAAUUCGUGCACAAUAUCCUACCAUGGCAUCCAAAAACCGCCGGGAUACCUGGGCUAGUCGGUAA